CAUGGCUCUUGAAAAUUGCAGUUUGCGACUUUGCGUUUGCGUCAUUUGUUUUUAUAGAUUUCUUUCACAGCACACAGUAGUUUUUGUUUUCUUUUAAUUAGAAAUAAAAAAUUGAUUUUUUACCAAUUUAUAGUAAUAAAAUGUGUAAACUUAUAGUGGUGUUAAUAAACAGAGAAGCGUUUCCAUCACAAUCUUACUAUCCGUUCACGAAUACGAAUUUUCAUUGAUUCUGAUUACAAAAUAUAUUCCUUACAUUAUUUGGCCAUGGAAGUUAACCCCUUGAAUAUAUUCUUUGUUAAGUCGGACAGCAAAGGUGAUAGGCUGCUAUUUAGAUAUCCAUAUACAUCUGAAAAUAAGGAUGAAAGUAAGCAGAAAAAAUUUGGACAACACAAUCCGUACGCCAUAAGUUCUACGGAAGAUUUGCUUCAGAAUUCACAAACACAAACAUCUAACAUAUGCAAAGGUCAGUUAAGUGGAUUUACAGAUGAGAUGCUUUCAACUCUGUUUGCUGUGAAGGCUGAACUUUGUAACAGGAAGUUUGAACUGAAAGUCAAUGAUGUCAGAUUUGUGGGCCACCCCACUUUACUUCCAUACAGAACUAAUAAAGAUGACACAGCUGCUAUGAUUCUAAUAAACAUUGUGUUUGCACUGCAGGCGUCGGCCAGCCAUUCUAUUGUUAAAUGUUACUAUGACUUGAGUAAAAGACUUGGUAAAGCAUUAAGGCAUGAAGAAAAGAGAUGUUCCUAUUUGACCGAAGAAAUGAAAAUUAUGUUAGCUGCGCACGAUGAGGUGUCAGCUCUGGACAGUGAAGUGAACUCAGGCGAGAAUGACGAUGAAGAGGAAAACUCGCGUCACUCUGUCAGCUCGACUACAUUUAGCUUAGACAAUGGAAUGUGUGCUGUGCCUAAAUCAGCUUUCCAUCUCAUAUUGCAACGGAGCUCGCUGGCGAGAUCUAUGAAGUCUGUUUUUGAGGAGCUUAGUAGUACAGGUAUAGUACAAGUUCGUAUAAAUAAAUGGGUGCUUCUAUCAUUCUGCCUUCCUCAUAAAGCACAUCAAAUACACAACAGAGGAUUGAUUAUAGAACCAGAGACUAUAGAUAAAUGUGUACAAAGGUUAAGGCCUUAUCAUGGCAUUCUUCUUAUGGUGAACCCCAAUGAUCUAUUGGCGUCAAUACCUUUAGACGGCAGUCCGGCGUUAUUGCGCCUCAUUAAGUUAUACAGCCCCUUGAAAAGUUUGCAGACGCUAGCCAUAGACGCCGGCCUAACACUUACUCAGGCAUUCCAACUAACAGGGCACUUGGUGUACUGGGCGAAGGCCACUGUGAUCUAUCCGCUGUGUGAAGGCAAUGUGUACGUGGUGGCGCCGGGGGCGAACGUUCACAUCGACUCGCCGCUGGUCGACGAGUUCGCGAAGGAGUUUCCUGGAUUGUGUUUGUUACAAAUGCUGAGCGAGUUCUCGCUGCCAGCGCCGCUUUGGUACGUGUCGCGCGGGGCGUGGGGCGCGCGGUGCGGCGGGCGGCCGGCGCGGCUGGUGGCGUGGCUGCUGCGGCGCCGCCUCCUGCUGCAGCUGCACACCUACGUGCAGUUCAACUCGCCGCACUGGCCGCACUGGCCGAGGAACAACAUCCACGAUGGGAAAGAAUAUAUCUGCGAAAAGCACGACCUCUACUAUCAAUCAACCAGCGUUUCGUACUCGUCAUUGAAUCAAGUGCAACUAAACGUGCCAGAACCGGUCGAAACCAGGGAAAGCAUCAACACCUUCCCCGACUCGGACGAGGACUACCCAACACAGAACAACCUCAACCAGACGGACUUCUCCCACACCCAACCCAUAGUCAUAGAAUCUGAGAACACAAAAUACGAGAAGUUCCACGAAAUCGACUCCGCAAACCAUUCUUUUGAUGAUGGCAUUGAUGUAGUGGACGGCGUGAAGCCUAUCAACGGUUGCAACAUCGACAAAAUGCAGAAAAUACAGAAGAAAGUACAAGGCAAUUCUGUGGACAGUGGCAUAUCCAAUAACAUCAAUGGCAAUGGCAUUAACGGAUUGGAGAAUAACCACGUCAACGGUCAUGGGGAAAAAGAAAAUGGCGACGUUAAAAAGACGUUGCCUUCAAGGUUGUCUGAUUUGUCCUUGAAGGAUAAUGAUGGUGUGCUGAUGAGGGACACGAGCAGUGAUGAGGACAGGUUUGGAAGUGAGCCUGAUGUGUCUCCUCGAUUGAAAAAUGGCCACGGCUUCAUGAAUGGGUUGGAUAAGAAAAAUGGAGUGUCGCUCAAUUUGAAACUGCAGAGUGAAAUGAGUUUCCAAUCCCCGACGGUAUGGAGCGCGCCUAUGGGUUGCGACGCGACUGACGCGUGUCGCGUGCCCAGCGACCCGCCUACUACUGAGUCCCUUCUAGACACGUUCAGCGCUGAAGAGAGAGUUGUACUGUCCACCAUGCCCGCUUCUGAGAACCCUGACGAUUUGCUACUACUGGCCCAGUUACAUAAAAAAGGAUACUUUCGAGGUGAACAACAUUUGGAGGAAAUAAUGUUUAUGGAGAACGUCAGUCGGUCUCAACUGAUGCAGCUACUAGACAAGUUCAAGGAUGUACUCAUUACGUUCGAAACUGAAGACCCUGCCGUCGCCAUGUUGUAUCCGUAUCAGUGAUUUAGAUUAAAAAAAAAAAAAGAUUCCGACGAAUUGAUAAUUUCCUCCUUUUUUGAAGUCGGUUAAAAAUAUAAUAAAUCGCUUUAGACCAGACAACUGAAGUAAAACUUGGUUAGCCCGCCCUAUUACACUUUUCGUAACUCAUUCACCAGCUUAUUCCCGUAUGUCUGUGCUGCAAGUUUUACUUCAAAAAUUUUUUUUUUUUUUGGGUUCUGUACAUUUGCAGUCAAAUUCGAAUAAAAAUAUUAUUUUUUGUUAUUGAUUUAUUUAUUAAAGGCUCCAAAAUUGCUUGUACUUGAUGAAGAUGACCAUAUAAAAUCUUCUCUUGUGAGACUUUGACCUCGGUUUAGAAGGUAUGACUCUAAAGGGCCUAGUAGGGAAAACGGUUUAAAAGCUUCUGAAAAUUACAGAUUCCGGUCUACACUCAAUAAUUAUAAUAUUUUUACAAAAUAGACAACAGUACGCGUAGGUAUAUUCUAAAAGCAUUCUACAGAUCUACAAAAAAAUAUUGUACAGAACCCGAUCAAGGCGUGCGGUAUAUUUAUACGUUGCUGUAUUUUUCUACCAGACUACUGUAUAACGUAUAAUACUAAAUCUUGUACUGUACUUCUCACUGAGAUAUUUGUACUAUGUAUAUAGCGUUAUUUAUCUUUAUUAGUAAACCCAGCUUUAUGUAUGUUAAUUAAAAGUUUAUAUCAAAAUAAAAAUAUUAAUUUUGCAAUUAAAAUUAAAUAUAUUUGUAUUUUAUUUUACAAUUGCACACUCAAUAGAACAAUUAAAUGAUUGUUUGUUAUGUUUAUUUUAUUUCUUUGUAAUUUGUUUAGAUAUAAUUUUGUAUAUAAACAGACAGCUUUAAACUUGUUUCAUUCGGUCUUAAAAAUAAAAUAUUGCAUAUACGUGA